GAUAUAAUAAUCACCGCCGCGACCGAAGUCCUGUUAUUGACAUCGCGAGGACACACAUCGAUCAAAAAGAUAGUGUCCGCCCGAAUACAACAACAUGUCGGCGGCCACAACCAAAGUGACCAACAAAUUGUCGGCCGUUAAAGACCAAUCAUCGGCGGCCAAUGAAUCGGCCGAUGAAUCACUAAUGAUUAGCAACCUAUUGGACGAACUAUACGAAGACAAUCAACGGCUGGCCGACGAUCUGUCGUUUGCUCGGCUAUUGAACUCGAUAUUGGAUGACAUACGCAAAGAUGCUAUUGUUUUGAUCCGCGAUUGUCGCUGUCAUCGGCAGCCAAAGUCAAGCAGUCGGCAACUCUAUGCAAAUAUUAUGAAAUCAAACGACGAAUUUAGGACACUGUUGGCCACACAGAGAGUGGCCGCUAAUGAUGAUGACGACGACAACGCUGACAAUGUGUUAACUAAUAGCGGCUAUAGUGCUGCCGCAGUCGGCGGCGGUGGUGGUGGCGGACAUCGGUCGACCCUUCACGUCAAACAAGAAGUAUCGACGGCCGCAGCGGCGGCGGCUGAUGUGAUAAUCGCCGAAAAUGGCCACCAGUUUAUCGAUGAUAACAACUACGACAACGUCGACGACUAUGAGCCGCCAAUAUUGCCGAUUGAAGUCAAUUACAACAACUACGACAAUGAAGUAGAAGAAGCUUUGCCGCCGCCCUUGCGAUCGUCUCUCAGCUACCGAUGCACUGCUUGUUGUAAACUAUUUCAAACGGUCGACCAAUUGGACAACCAUAUGACUACUGUACACAUCGAUUCCCAUUCAUACGUUUGCAACGAAUGUCAUCGUAUUUUCCAGACCAGAGACCAACUGUCCAGACAUUUGCUGGUCAAACACCAGUCGGUGGCCUCUAAAACAACAACUACUAAUACUACUAACAGGGCUGUUGGUGGUGGCGGCGGCGGUGGCAGCAGCCGCAGCACAUUUGACUACACUUCUAUGAGGACGACCACUAAUAGCGCCCAUAACGAUAAUACUAGACAACAUAACUCGGACAAUGACAACAACAACAAACUAGUAGUGGUCACAACAAAACGUAGACCCGGCCGCAAACCUAAUUAUCUUAAGGCUAAAAGAAAAACAGCUACCAGUGCUGGCCAGUCGGGCCACAGCAAACACUUAACGCCCGAAAAGAUAGUCAACGACUACUGGAACAAUAAUAAUAACAACAACAGGUUCUUUAUGGGUGAUGAUGACGGUAUUGGUGAUGGUAUUGGUGGUGGUGGUAGUGGUAAUGGUAGCGGGGGUGGUGGUGGUGACGAUAGUAUUAGUAGUAGCGUUGGUAGCAAUUUGUGCGAUUGGCCCGACUGUGGCAAACGAUUCAAACAUAAACAACAUUUGGACGAUCACCGACAUCUGCAUCUGGGUAUUACCUAUCAGUGCGAUGGCGACAACGGUUGCGGUAAAACAUUUCCCAGUCCAGUGUAUUUGCGUAUACAUCGGCGCCGCUAUCAUCGACAGUACGAAAGACAAAAGUGGUCACUAAAACGCGAUAGGAUUCUUAAUCCAUCAAACAUUGGUACAGAUGAUGAUGAUGUUGAUGAUGAUGAUAGUCGGGUGGUUAGAGAUGGUAAAAAACAUUCAGGACAUUCAUCGACUGUUAAACAACAUCAACAACAAGCGGUCAACGAUACCAACAAUACUAGAGUUGGUGGCGGCGGCGGCGGCCGUCGGCCAACAAAAUGCACAAAUAAUAACCAUAACAACAACAACAACGAUAACGAUAGUAAUAGUUUUAGUGACGUAAAUAUUGGUCAGAUAUUCGGUACAACAAACCAAACAGACAACAACAACGACGACAACUACCACAAUAACAAUGAUAACAACAACAUUGAGGAACACAUACCUAUCACCACCACCAGUGGUACUGAGGAUGAUGUUGUUCCUUCAGAAAUUAAAAGAAAAAGAGGACGACCUCGGGGUUCGACCAAACAAAACAUUUUGGCCGCUUCUAUAGCUGCUGCCGCCGUCGCAGCCGCCGCUGCCAGCAGUAGUAGUAAUAGGCCGGAGCUUAAGAUACGGUUGCAAUUGAGUGCCAAUAAUGGGGGGACGUCGUCAUCAGCAUCGCCGCCGCCGACUGAUCGACGAUCAACGCUCAGGGCUGACAGGGGCCGUGUCGGCCAGUUUCCGUGCGAUUGGCCCGACUGUGGCAAACGUUUCAUACACCGGCAUCAUCUCGAUGAUCAUCGGCACCUGCAUUUGGGUAUUGACUACCAGUGCGAUCUAAGCGAUUGUCUCAAAAAAUUUCCCAGUCCUGUCUAUUUGCGUCAUCAUCGGCGCAAAGCUCACGGUAUCUACGAUUUUAAGCCACCAGAUCUUGUUGUUGUCGGACGCAGGCGUCGGACAUCCGCCCGUAGUAGUCAGUAGUAGUAGUAGUGAUAGUGACCAUUCCUACUCCACCACUACCUAACUGUCCUCUACAUUACAUACCAUUACUUCCCUACUACACUAUUAUUAUACAGUAGUAAUAAGCUUUCCAAUGAAAAUAUGGUAAUUGAAUUGAAUUGAUUUUUUUUA